AAUAUUAGUAUGUGAUGAAGCUUUAUAUAAACUGAAGAGAUGGUUUGGAAAGGUUUGCCCCAGUGAAGCACUCCAUCAUCAUGGGGAGAACUUUGCCGUUAUUUGCUCUUUUGGUGUCUCUUCUGUCACCGUCCCUGGGUGAUCCUCUAUAUAUACUGACUGCUCCCAAUAUUUUGCGAAUUGAAAGCGAAGAAACUGUUGUUGUGGAAGCCCAUGGUGUCAAUUUUAACAUUGAGGUUCAAAUUAAUUUGCUUCUCUACCCUGAACAAAGGAUCUCAUUAAAUGUAACCAAAAUAUAUUUGUCAUCAGAAAACAACUAUAUAGAUUCUGCUACUGUUAAGAUACCUGCAGAUCAACUUCCAAAGGCAUCCACGGCGGACCAGUUUGUAUCUCUACGAGCAACAUCAGGUUAUUUUAGUUUGCAGAGUGUUAUCCUCAUUACACGUCAAACAGGACACAUCUUUAUCCAGACUGACAAACCAAUCUACACACCGACUCAAAAUGUGCUUUAUCGCUUGCUCAUGGUGGACAAUGAGCUGAAGCCAAGCAAAAGUUCCACAAUUGUUGAAUUUGUGAAUCCCCAAAAUGUUGUUGUUGAAAGGAAGGAAACCUUUAUCCACGGUUCAGCCGGAAUUGUUGGAAAAAUCUUUAAAAUACCAGAGAUUGUGAACAUUGGAACAUGGAAGAUUGUUGCAAGUUACAAAGAAGCCCCUGAUGCAAAUUUCACAACUCAGUUUGAAGUGAAGGAAUAUGUGUUGCCAAGCUUUGAAGUUACCUUGGAUCCAGAGAAGCAGUUUUUCUACAUUGAUGACACAGAAUUGUACGUUACUGUCUCUGCAAGAUUCACUUAUGGAAAAGCCGUCGAAGGUCGAGCCUUUAUUCUGUUUGGAGUAGUGAAAGAUGGUGAAAAGUUGAGCAUUCCAAAGUCACUUCAAACAGUGCCUAUUAUAAAUGGCAAUGGAGAAGCUAUCUUGAGAAAGGAGGACUUAACUGCCAGCUUCCAAGACAUUAACUCACUGGUUGGGUGUUCAAUCUAUGUCACUGCAAGUGUUAUCACACAUGCAGGCACUGACCUUGUAGAAGCAGAAAAAACAGGCAUAAAAAUAGUUGUCAGCCCAUAUACAAUCUUGUUCACCAAAACUUCCAAGUAUUACAAGCCUGGGAUGCCCUUCGACAUGAUAGUCUAUGUAACAAAUCCUGAUGGUUCCCCUGCCAGUGGAGUUCCUGUGAAGGUCGAGGGGUAUGAUGUCAAGUCGAAAACCCAAGAUGAUGGAAUUGCCAAGUUAACAAUUAAUACAAAUGGACAGCCAAAGAACUUUGAUAUAACAGUUUCAACAGAAGUUCCCAAUACUCCCCGUCAACGACAGGCAUCUGCAAUGAUGACUGCAGAGCCCUAUUUGACACAAAGUGGUUCAAGGAACUACCUGCACAUUGGCAUUUCACAAACAGAUCUAAGACCAGGUCAAGAUUUAUUGGUUUCUCUGCACUCCCAAACUGACGACAAACAAGUCCAGGAGCAAAUAAAAUACUUCACCUACAUGUUGAUUAACAAAGGGAAGAUAGUUGACUUUGGGAGGAAGAAGAGAAAUAAGGAUCAAGUCAUUAUUUCCAUGCAGAUUCCAAUCAGCCCGAAUUUAAUUCCAUCAUUCCGACUGUUAGCUUAUUACUACAUUGUAAAGGGAUCACAGGUCGAAAUUGUUGCCGAUUCUGUGUGGGUUGAUGUGAAGGACACAUGCAUGGGAACACUGAAGGUUUCUGCUGAUGAGAUGAAAGUAUAUAGUCCUGGAGACGGGUUCAUACUGAAAGUGUCAGGGGAUCCUGGAGCAAGGGUCGGACUUGUUGCUGUUGAUAAAGCAGUAUUUGCACUGAGUAAGAAGAAUAAGAUAACACAGAGUAAGAUCUGGAGUGUGGUGGAGAAAAGUGAUAUUGGUUGCACUGCUGGAGGUGGUAGAAAUAUCACUGGUGUUUUCUCAGAUGCAGGAUUAGCCUUUGUAACGAGCACUGACGUCAAGACCGAAACAAGAACAGAGCUGAAGUGUAAACAGCCAAAACAACGCAAGCGUCGUGCAGCAAAUUUGGGGGAGGCCAAGGCAGAGAAAUUGAAGAAGUUCACAGACAAAGUUCUGCGUCAGUGUUGUGAUGCCGGAAUGAAGGAGAACUUCAUGCAUUUUAGCUGUAGUAAAAGACGGAGACAAAUAAAACUCGGAAAAGCAUGUGCAGAUGCCUUCACAGAAUGUUGCGAGCAUGUUCACCAAUAUAAGGAGCAGCUUCAAAGAAGCACGAUGAGUUUAGCUCGAAGUGCUGAUGAUGAAUAUUACGUUCCUUAUGAGGACAUAACAGCCAGGACUAACUUCCCAGAAAGCUGGCUAUGGCAGACGAUUUCUCUUCCAAAAACCCGUGGCAGAAAUGGCCUUGCAUCAAAGGACAUAGUUCAACAUGUUAAAGACUCGAUCACUACCUGGGAAAUACAAGCUGUCAGUGUGAGUCUGACAGAAGGAGUGUGUAUUGCCGAACCCUAUGAAUUGACAGUAAUGAAACAGUUUUUCAUUGACCUUCGACUUCCAUACUCAGCUGUGCGCAAUGAACAAGUGGAAAUUAGAGCAAUCCUCUACAAUUACCAUAAUACUAGAAUUCAAGUUCGUGUGGAGUUUCCUUACAAUGAGAACUUGUGCAGCAAUGCAAAACCAACAAAGCGAUACCUUGCUAAAAUCACUAUUCCUGCAAAAUCAUCCACUGUGGUGCCUUAUGUUAUAGUUCCAUUGACAGUUGGAGAAAUCGCGAUUGAAGUCAAGGCCUCAGUUUUGAAUGUAUUUGUGACUGACGGAGUGAGAAAGCCCCUCCGAGUGGUGCCAGAAGGAGUUAAAGUGGAACUCCCAGUGGAUACUUACAUUUUGGAACCCAAAGGUAAAGUGCAAGUGUUUAAUGUUUCCAUCCAAGCCCCAAAAGACAUGGUUCCAAAGACAGAACCAUUAACAUUCAUCAGCGCUCAAGGACAUCUUUUAACUGAAGCUAUUGAAAAUACUAUCGAUGCAUUGAACCUGAACCAUCUAAUCAAAGUUCCAUAUGGAUGUGGUGAACAGAAUAUGAUGAGAAUGACCCCAGUGAUAAUUACUCUGGUAUACCUUGACAAAACCAAUCAAUGGAUGAAGUUGGGAGUGGACCGCAGAGAAACUGCAUUGAAGAAUGUUCAACAAGGUUACAUGCAAGAACUGGCGUAUCGCAAGGCUGAUGGUUCUUUCGCAGUAUAUUUACAUGAACCAUCCAGCACAUGGUUGACUGCCUAUGUGGUUAAGGUGUUUGCAAUGGCACAUAACUUGAUCACAGUUGACUUGGAUGUACUCUGUGGAGCUGUAAAGUGGCUGAUAUUAAACAAACAGAAACCUGAUGGUCAUUUCAAGGAGGAUGCUCCAGUGAUGGCGGGAUCGAUGACUGGAGGAAUCCAGAAAGCACAUGACAACACGCCAUUGACUGCAUUUGUACUGAUAGCAAUAAUUGAAGCUAGAAUUGUUUGCUCACGUCACAUUGCGAGUUAUGAAAACAGUAUCAAGAAAGCAGCAGAUUACUUGGAGCAGCACAUAGAUGGCCUUGAGAGACCGUACGGUGCAAUACUUUCAGCCUAUGCCCUUUCACUCUUGGGUAUAAACAAGGAGGACAUUGUCAUGAAAUUUGCUUCACCAGACAAAUCAUACUGGCCAGUGGCAGGAAGCGUUGACUCUCUGUACACCAUUGAGGCCACAGGAUAUGCCCUUCUGUUUUUCUUGCAGCAGAAGCAGUAUGACCAAGCCAGUAAAUUAGCGAGAUGGCUAUCAAAAAGGAGCGAAUAUGGAGGAGGCUACAGCUCUACACAGGCGACAAUAGUUGCUCUGCAAGCACUGGCCAGGUACAAGACCGAUACACCUCAGUUCAAGGACAUGGACUUGACAGUAGAUCUGGACAUUCCUAGCAGGAGCAGUAAUACUAUUUGGACAUUUAAUACAGGAAGUUUAUUCAAAGGAAGAUCAUUAAAGCUCAAUUCUUUUGAAGAGCUUUCUGUACAAGCAAGUGGGGAAGGACAAGGAACACUAAAAGUUUUCACAACUUAUUAUGCAUUGCUGUCCAAAGAAUACAAGCAAUGCAAGAAUUUCAAUUUGACGAUAAAUGUUGAAGAGGCUGAGGAAGCUAAGCGACCUGAAGACGCUCAGAAUACUCUCCUGAUAAACAUCUGUGCACGAUAUCUCAGUGAAACACCAUCCUCAAUGGUUAUCUUAGAUAUUUCUAUGCUAACUGGAUUCUCUCCAGAUAUCAAUAAUCUUAGUCAGCUAAAAAAUGAAAUCGAGAAUUAUAUAUCAGGAUUUGAAGUAGACAAAGCAUUAUCCACCACAGGAUCACUCAUCAUUUAUUUAAAUUCGGUAUCAAAUAUCGAAGAUACUUGUGUUGGAUUUAAUGUGCACCAGUUCUACAAAGUUGGACUCAUUCAACCAGCCUCUGUCAAGAUCUAUGAAUAUUAUGAUACAACAAAGAGUUGCACUAUGUUCUACAAUGUCCCCGGGAACAGUAGUAUGCUUCACAAAAUCUGCCAGGGUGAUGUGUGCAAAUGUGCUGAAGGAAGCUGUGUUUCGAUAAAGACAAAGCAAGACGACCAUACAGCUCGUAAUGACAUGUCGUGUGCCUCAGGAACUGAGUAUGCUUACAAAGUGACAUUUCUUGAGAAGAGCAAGAGAGAGAGUUACAUAGACUACGUAAUGAAAAUUCUGACUCCUAUCAAAGAAGGCGAUGAUCGAAUCACUGAAGGGGAAACAAGAAGACUGAUCACACAUGCCAGCUGUGGGGAUAUAUUUAAUGUGGAACUGAACAAAGAUUAUCUAAUAAUGGGAAAGAGUACUGAUCUAUGGUACAGUGAGGAAAAAAUGAGCUAUCUAAUUGGAGAAGACACUUGGGUGGAAAUGUGGCCAAAUGAGGCAGAAUGCCAACAGAUGAUGUACAGUGAACUGUGUGAAGAAUUAGCGGUGUUUUUGGAAAAUCUUCAGGUCUUCGGGUGCUCAACUUAAUUACUUUACAGCUUAAAAUAGUUUGAGAAAAAAAUACUUGUGCCCAACAACUUUCAAUUAAGCUAAAUACUUCUCUUAAAAUGUCAAAAAUGAUUUUGAUUCUCUUCACUGCAAAAAUUUGGAGGAAUGAUAUUCAGCAUUGUAUCCAAUGCAAAUUAGUUUAACAGUAUCUUUUGGAUCGUAAAAUUCACCCUUAGUCAUAAUAGAAUGCCAAUAAGUGGUUGGUUUUCUGUAAAAGAUUACGAAGUGUGUCUUUACGAUGGUGUUUAAAUGUCUGAUAUUUACAGCAUUGAUAUGGUUGCACUUCGCAGAAUUGUGUUUGUGAUCUUAUAUUGAGAUGUGAUUGGUUAAGAAUAUGGCAUGAAAAGGCUUUUUAAUCUCACUGAAUGUAACAUGGUAUUCUCAAAUUGUCCCAUGCAGAUUGGUACCCAUUUACUUUUUAAUUUCAUUCAGCAUUCUCAAUUGCUUCUUGUACUGAGUGGACCAUUUCAAAAGGCAUUAAGAGUCAACUAUAUUACUGUGCAUCUAGACUCGCAUUCGGCCAAUCCAACUAAACGGCAAAACAAAAUGUUGGAAAUACUCUGCAGGUCAAGCAGCAGUUGUGGAGAGAAAAGCAGAGUUCCUAUUUCAGGUUGAUGACUUUUUGUCAGAACUGGGAAAAGAAAACAAGUGUGUUUCAAGUUGAAGAGAAGAAAGGGAAUGCUUGUCAUUGGGUGGAGCUCAAGAGGGAGUGGGUGACACCAAUGGUUCUGUCUGAGAGAGCUGGGUUAAUCAAAGCUGAGCUGUAAAUAAAUGGAGAAAAUGAGAAUGGAGGGAGGAAGGGCGACUGCUGAAACUGUGAGAUACGGCAUACACACGUUGCUGGAAAUCCAAAAAAAAGACUGCUGGAAGUUCUCAGCAGCUCUGGGGAAUAUUUAUAGAGAAGAAUAAACUGAGUUAGCAUGUUAAUGACAUCACAUCUGAUCUGAGCAGUUCAGACACAAACAGGAAAAGUUGGUCAUCUGCAACUGUUAAAUUCUGCACCCCUCAGAAAUCAAUGCAUUGUGCUUGGAUGGAAGAUGAGAUGCUAAUCAGAUGCUCCUGAUUCUUGUUUCAGAUUUCCAGCAUCUGCAGUUUUAAUUUUGCUCUUAGAUUAUAGCUGAACGGUAGAUUAACUUCCCUGAAGAACACUGACAAACCGGAUGGAUUAUAUCAACAAUCCAGUGGAUUAAUGGUCACCAUUGCUGACACCAAAUUUUAUUCCACACACAGUUACUUGAAUUUAAAUUCUCCAUUUUUCAAAGUAGGAUUUUAAUGUGUUUGUCUGGACCAUUGAUCCAUAUUUUUGGAUUACUAGUCUUAUAACAUAAACACCACGCUGCCGUCCUCUAAAUUAAUUCUUGCUUAGAACAUGUACUCGUUAAAAAUAUUCACAAUG